UCGGGGCCGCCGGGAGGGCCGGAGCGGGGUCGGGCCCGUGCGGGAGGGGCCGGGCCGGACCGGGCCGGGCCGUGGAGGCGCGGGCCCUCCCCGCCCAGGGCAGCAGCCAUGGUGGGUGCUCAGCAGCUGGAGCUGGCUGCGGGCCGAGCAGCGCCAAGCACCGGGGAACACCCUUACGAGUGCUUGGAGUGUGGCAAAGCCUUCAGAUGGUCCUCACGCCUCGUCCACCACCAGCGCACCCACACAGGUGAACGGCCCUACAAGUGCUCCGAGUGCCCCAAAGCCUUCAAGGGCUCCUCAGCACUGCUCUACCACCAGCGCAGCCACACAGGUGAGCGGCCCUACAAAUGCUCCGAGUGUCCCAAAGCCUUCAAGCGCUCGUCGCUGCUGCAGAUCCACCAGAGCGUGCACACGGGGCUGCGCGCCUUCAAGUGUGCGCUGUGUGGUCUGGCCUUCAAGUGGUCCUCGCACUACCAGUACCACCUGCGGCAGCAUACGGGUGAGCGGCCCUACAAGUGCACCUCCUGCCCCAAAGCCUUCAAGAACUCCUCCAGCCUCCGCCGCCACCGCCACAUCCACACAGGCGAGCGGCCCUACGUCUGCUCCGCCUGCGGCAAGGCCUUCACCCAAUCCACCAACCUCCGCCAACACCAGCGCACCCACACAGGAGAGCGGCCCUACGCCUGUUCCCAUUGCUCCAAGACCUUCACUCAUUCUUCCAACCUCCUCCUCCAUCAGCGAACCCACUCCAGCACCCGGUCCCACAAGUGCCCGACUUGCCCCAAAGCCUUUGUCUCAGAUGCCUGCUUGCAGAAGCAUCUGCAGAGCCAUGCCGCAUCCCCGUUGUUGCCAUCCCCGUUGUCCCCGUCCCAGCUGUCCCCACCACCACUGCUCCUGGAGGCGGUGGAGAUGCUGUGGAAGUGCGCUGAGUGCCACCUGGCUUUCCCCAGCCAGGAGCAGUUGCUGGGCCACCAACGCAGCCACCCACAGCCAGCAACACCAGGGGACGUCACCACAACGGCCACCCAUCGCUGCCCCACCUGUGGCAAGACCUUCAAGAACAGCUCAGGGUUGGCGCGGCACCGGCACAGCCACGGUGCUGAACGGCCCUACAAGUGCUCGCAGUGCCACAGGAGCUUUGGGCAGCUGGCUGGGUUGCUGGGCCACCAGCGGGGUCACUCGGCGGAAACACCGCAUCCCCCUCCAGCGACCCCAACCCCGACCUCCGUACCGUCGGAGCGUCCCUACCAAUGCACCGAGUGUGGCAAAGCCUUCAAGGGCUCAUCGGGGUUGCGUUACCACAUGCGGGACCACACAGGCGAACGGCCCUACAAGUGCUCCGAGUGCCCCAAGGCCUUCAAGCGCUCUUCACUGCUCGCCAUCCACCAGCGGGUGCACACGGGGCUGCGUGCCUUCAAGUGUGCCGAGUGCGGCCUCACCUUCAAGUGGUCCUCGCACUACCAGUACCACCUGCGGCUGCACACUGGCGAGCGGCCCUACGCCUGUCCCGACUGCCCCAAGGCCUUCAAGAACACCUCCUGCCUCCGCCGCCACCGGCAGCUGCACACAGGCGAGCGGCCUCACGCCUGCCCCAUCUGCGGCAAGGCCUUCACCCAGACCUCCAACCUCCGCCAACACCAGCGCACCCACACGGGCGAGCGGCCCUAUGCCUGUUCCCACUGCGGCAAAACCUUCACCCAUUCCUCCAACCUCCAGCUCCACCAACGCACGCACUCCAGUGCCCGGCCCCACCAGUGUCCCCUCUGCCCCAAAGCCUUCGUCAUGGCCUCCUACCUCCAGCGGCAUCUCCGCACCCACGCAGCUGGCCCCAAAGGGUCCCCUCGCCCUGUCCCGGCACCGCAGCGUGACGGCCCCGUCCUGCAGGCUGCCCUCAGUCUGGAGGUGACGGCUCCUGAUGCCCACACCUUCCUGCUGCUGCAGACGCCACAGGGCCUCCAGCUCAUCCCCAGCCCUCCACCGGCCCCACAGAAGCUCAUCCUGCUCCCCACAGCUUCCCAGCCUCCCCCCAAACACCAAGGGGAGACCCCGACCCCUGGGCAGAGCCUUCUGCUUGUGCCCAGCACGGGGACCACGCUGCCCACAUUGCGGCUACAGGCAGUCACGGCUGUCCCACAGGGGACGGGGACCGGUAUCCUCGUUCUGCAGGGCCUCCCCGAGCAGCCCCUGCACCCAGCAGGCAUCCCGCAGGGGCAGGCAGCGGUGGGGGGGGCGGCUGUCAGGCUGCAGGCCAGUGAGGUGACAAAUGUCCAGUUGCAGGCGCUGCCACAACCCACAGAUGUCACCAACAUCCAGCUCCAAGCCACUGAGGUGACGAAUGUCCAGCUGCAAGCCCUGCCACAACCCACAGAUGUCACCAACAUCCAGCUCCAAGCCACUGAGGUGACGAAUGUCCAGCUGCAAGCCCUGCCACAACCCACAGAUGUCACCAACAUCCAGCUCCAAGCCACUGAGGUGACGAAUGUCCAGCUGCAAGCCCUGCCACAACCCACAGAUGUCACCAACAUCCAGAUGCAAGCUACUGAGGUAGCAAAUGUCCAGAUGCAAGCUCUUCCACAGCCCUCGGAUGUCUCCAACAUUGAGCUGCAGGCUGCCGAGGCGACAAAUGUCCAUCUCCAAGCUCUGUCACAACCCUCUGAGGUCACAAACAUCCAGCUGCAAGCUGGUGAGGUGACCAAUGUCCAGCUCCAAGCCUUGCCGCAUCCCUUGGAGGUCACCAACAUCCAGCUGCAAGCCCUGCCACAGUCCACAGAUGUCACCAAUGUUGAGCUGCAAGCCACUGAAGUGACAAACGUUCAGCUGCAAACCUUGCCACAACCGUCGGAAGUGACCAGCAUCCAACUGCAGGCCACUGAGGUGCCCAACGUGCAGCUCCAGACCACAGAGGUGACCAGUGUUCAGCUGCAGGCCACUGAGGUGCCCAACAUGCAGCUCCAAAACACGGACAUAACAAAUGUCCGUCUUGAGACCACGGAUGUACCCGAUGUCCAUCUUGAAACCAUGGAGGUGCCCAGUGUCCAUCUUGAGACCACGGAGGUGCCCAGCGUCCAUCUCCAAGCCACUGAAAUGGCCAGUGUUCAUCUCCCAGCCAACGAUGUGGCCAGCACUCAUCUCCAAGGCACAGAGGUGACCAAUCUCCAUGUUGAGUCCACCGAAGUGCCCAACAUCAAUCUCCAAGCCACUGAUGUGGCCAGUGUCCAUCUCCAAGCCACAGAGGUGGCCAGUGUCCAUCUGGAGACCUCAGAGGUGCCCAGCAUCCACCUCCAAGCUACUGAUAUGGCCAACGUCCAUCUCCAAGCCACUGAGGUGCCCAGCGUCCACCUUGAGACCAUGGAGGUACCUGAUGUUCAUCUUGAGACUGUGGAGGUGCCCGAUGUCCAUCUCCAGACCACUGAGGUGACCAGUGUCCAGCUUCAAGCUGUGGAGGUGCCCAACAUCCAUCUCCAGACCACCGAGGUGCCCAACAUCCAGCUCCAGACCCUGGAGGUGCCCCCAGUCCACUUACAGCCCCCAUCGGGAGCCCAAUCAGCCCCUCUACCCUCCGGGGUGUCGCUUCCAGCGGGCCCAGAAGUGCUGCUGGUGCAGGGAGGGCCAGAACCGGCCAUAGGGCUGGGUGUGCUGCAGACAUCUGAAGGGCUUCGCAGUGUCCUGGUGCUGCAGGGCUCCAGUGAGCAGUCCCCAGUGCCCACCCCAGCACCCCCAAAAGUCCUGGUCCUCCGUGGGGAGCCUCGGCAGGGGGGAGUUAGUGAGGGUCCUGCUGUGGUGCAGCUGCUCCCUGGCUCCCCGACCCCCCACCUGCCAGUUGUGCAGGGGGUGCAGGUGCUGCCAGGGGCGAGCUUGUGCAUACUUUCUGAGGAGGAACACAGACCCCACAGCCAUGCCACCGGCUCCCAUGGCCACCCUAUGGCCCCCACAGUGACCACAUGGCCUCUUCAGCGACACAGUGGCUGCCCCAGGGCCAUCCAGAGGCCUCCACGUGGCCCCCACAGCUGCUAGAACCACUAUAGCUACCCCAUGCUCUCCUCUAAGGAUCCUACAGACACCUUAGGGCCAUUGCAGCCACCCCAUAACAUCCCACGGCCCCCUACCGGCCACCUUGUAGCCAUUGCAGCCAUCUCCUAGCAUCUCCUGUCCAUCCCACAGCUGCCCCUUGGCCACCUUAUGGCCACUGUGGCCAUCCCACAAUGGCCGUCUGUUGGGUGCUGUAUGAUCGCUAUAGACAUCCCACAGCACCUGCUGGGCACCUUAUGGCCACCGCAGACACUCUACAAGACUCCAGAGCCAACUGUUGGCCACCACAAACAUCCCACAGCACCACAUUACCAUCUCAUGGCCACCACAGACACCCCAUAGCUAUUUAUGACCACCCCUUACUGGAAUCCACAGUCACCUCCUGGACAUUUUAUGGCCACCCCUACUACCCUACAGCCCACCAGAGACGAUUUCUUGUCCGUCUCAUGGCCACCACUCCCAUCCCAUAGCCACCUUAUGGCUACUGCAGCACCCCACGGCCACCCAGUGGCUGUCACACCAAUCUUCUAGCACCUCAUAGCCACGCCAUAUCCACCUCUUGGCCACCUUGUGACCACCACAGCACCUCAUGGCCACCACACCCAUCCCAUAACCACCUCAUGGCCACCACAGCACCCUACAGGACUCCAUUGCCACUUAUAGGCCACCCCCUUAGUCGCUUCAUGGCCACAACAGCGUGGGGGCGAGCAGCACUGCGGGCCGGUGAGCAAUGGGGUGCGGGAGCCGGGGGGGCGGAACAGAUGUAGCACGGUUUCCGCCCGAGCCGGAUUAAUAAACGGAGCGUCCCGGCUCGCACUUCCUC